AUGUUUGAACAAAUCGGUAGCGUAUCACUUGUAAAUACAGGCGAAGGAUUAGCGGUUGCGUACAACAUUCCAAAUCGAUUUGAUUUUAUGCAAAUCCGUCAAUCGAUCUUUGCGAAACAGAUAGCAAUGUUCGGCGUGAAAUGGGAUGGACCGAUAACGGAUAUCAUUCUUUCCGAUGCAUUACAAACACAAAAACCUGACAGCUCAGGAGAUGAUCUUGUUUUUCAAAAUAUAACAUUACUUCAGCAUGUUGAAGUUGAUCAUGAAUGGAUCGAUUGGAAGUGA